CGCGCGCGCCUUAUAAAAACGGGUGCCAGUGGGAAGCGCUUUCCCGUGGCCAAAGAAAGAACCUUGCGCGCACGUUGUACGUACGUGAACGUACCGAGCACCGAGACACGCGCAGAGAGAUCGCGCGAUCGCGGGGUGGGUUGGUGCGGAUUCCUUAGACAUAUAUAGAGUCGACGAGUAGCUGGAAUAGCUGUACACAACUUGGCAAACCGGGAAAAAAUAGUGAGAGAUAAAAAAUAUUGUCAGGCGUUUAGGUGCCGAGAAGGCAACGAGGGAUAUCAGUUGAUCUAGCCAUAAAAGAAUAUAGAUUUAAAAAACAGGGGGAGGCCGAGAGAGGUUUUGCUGCCUGUCCUUCACUGUUACCGCUGCACUGAUGGGAGCUACCGGCAAGGGCCGCAUAGUGGCCACCAUGUCCUUGGCUUUGCUGGUCGGCUUGCUGGUCCUGCAGAUGACGGCCGUGCUCGCUCGUGCGGACCCCGAGGAAGUGGGCGGCAACGUGGUGGAAGCGCUGCGCCUGCUCGAGCAUCUCGACAAGUACUACUCACACGUCAACCGGCCCAGGUUCGGAAGAAGCGUUCCGGUCCGGUUCUCAGGCGGCUCGAUGUCGUCGACGUCCGAUGAGUACGAGAGAUAGCACAGGCAGGCGUCGCCGUCACCGAGGCACAAGAAACCCAGUCACGCCCUCCUUCAAGGACACCCGUGGUUCCAGAGCGUCCAGACAGCACCGCAGCCGAGUUUCGCGAAGUACCGAAAAAGAAAACGCACGGAGCGGAGACAAUGGAAAAAGACCCAGCGUCCGCAACUCAGCUCCUCUAACAGGAGGAGUCGCACUCGCCGGUGAUGUUCGUCCUCUUCUGCGUGCUGUGCUGGACACUGGCUCGCGAUUCGCGAUCGCCGUGCGGACAUGGAUUGUGUGGCAGGCUUUCCACCACAUGGCACGCGAGAAGAAAUCCGAAUGACCCUAAACUGUCCAGCUAGUGCCAUGGUUCCCACCCGCUCCCUUAACGCUAUUCCUGAACGCCACGCCAUGUUCCAGCGUCUGAAAUAAAAACCCCCGAUGUCGC